CUAAAAUGAAGUUUUAUUUAUAAUACAAACAGUUAUUACAUGGCGCUGCGGCAGUGUAAAGUUAAAUAAUAUCAAUAUCACGUAAGUUACUACCAUACACGAUGGAGAAUUUGAAACCGCCACAUCCUUUGUCGUUCGAAGGAAGCUUGUCUAACAAUUUUGUGAAAUGGAAAAAGCAAUAUCUCAUUUAUUCUACGGCGGCAGGAGUAACUUCAAAAUCAGAAGAAGUUCAGGUGGCUGUUCUACUGCAUUGUUUGGGGCCUGAGGCACAGGAACGACUUGAUACUUUGGGACUGACGGUCAAAGAAAAUGGUGAUUGGAAAUUGAUUCUACAGAAAUUGGAGGACAACUGCCUUCCGAAAUCAAACGAAAGUGUGGAUCGCCACAUAUUUUUCAGUCGUAAUCAACAUGUUGGCGAAAGUUUUGAUGAGUUUUUACUUGAGCUCAAAAAACUAAGUUCAAGUUGUAAUUUUGGAUCACUCAAGGACAGUUUAAUCAAAGAUCGCGUUAUCAGUGGCAUCAACAAUGUGAACUUAAAAGAGAGACUACUAAAGGAGGAGAAUUUGAACUUGGAAAAAGCAGUAAAAAUUUGUAAAUUGUUUGAGUUGUCAGCUCAACAGCUGAAUACUUUACAGAAUUCUACAACAGUGGAGGGAGUUAAUGUGGUGAAAAAGACUUCUCAACAACAACAACCAGCUCAAAAUCGAACAUAUUCAAAAUCAACGUAUGGACAGGGUAACCAGCCUAACCAUCCAAGUAAGGAUCAGAGAAGAAUAAUAAACUGUACAAGAUGUGGAUUGGAUCAUACCGUGAGAAAUUGUCCAGCUUAUGGUAAAACUUGUUAUAAAUGCAAUAAACUAAACCAUUUUGGUAAGUGCUGCAAGGUAGGUUUUCAAAGUAAUACUGUAAGAUUGGUAAAUCAUGAAGAUGAUAAUGUUAAGAACACAAAGAUUAACGAUAAUGGUAAUGUGAGGUUAGUAACAAAUGAGAAUGAUAAAUUUUUGGGUGUUGUAUCAAAUCGUGGAAUCAAUCACAAUAGAUGGCAUAUUGAUUUUUCUGUAAACGAUUCUCAAUUGAGUGCAAAAUUGGAUACUGGUGCUGACGUCAAUGUCAUACCCUUGUGUGUAUUCCAAUCGCUAAAUUUGCCAGUCAAAUUAGUUGCAUCAACUUCUUCCUUGACUAAUUUCAAUGGUUCAGCUAUACAUGUUGUCGGUAAAUGUAACCUAGAUUGUCACAUUCCAAACGUUGGUAAAUGUAAUAUUGAAUUUGAAGUUGCAAACUGUAAUAAGAACACACCAAUUGUACUAGGGUGGGUCACUAUUGAUAAAUACAAUCUACAUAAGCAAGUAGGGUUAGUCCAAAACAUCAGUAAUGAAAAAUGCAACGAAGUAGUUAGUGAGUACAUUGACGUUUUUUCAAGUGAAUACAAUACCAUUAAUAAUUUUGAAUAUAAGAUACAGCUGAAACCGGGUGCUGUAGGUAAAAUUGAAGGUCCAAGGAAAGUUCCAUUUGUUUACAUGGAUCAAUUAAAACAAGAAUUAGAUCAAAUUGGAAAAUGGAAAUGUAGUUAGGAGAAAUACCCGCCACAUUCAUAGAGGUUCUGGCACUUAUCCAUUUGCUGUAAAGCAUUCUAUGACUGGUUUCAAUUUAGGAGAGUAUGAACACUUGGCAGGGGAAAAUGAUGUAAGAAAUGAUAGACAAGAUAGACUGGCUGAUAGGGAAAAUGAUUUGGCAAUAAGGAACCAAGGUAAUGAUGUUCGUGAAAGGGGAAAUGAUAUGGUAAUAGGAAACAGGAAUAAUGGUGGAAGGACCAUUUCUAGGUCAGGUAGAGAAAUAAGAAGGCCAAGGUACUUUGAUGAUUAUGUUGAAUAGAUGAUAAGAACUAGUAAUAGAAAAGAACUUGAUUCAAGAUUAUGAAUAUUGUAUUGAUUAUUGAAUUAAUUUUCAUUGUUCAUUCACUUGUGUUUAUUAUGGUUUAAGUUUUGAUUUUGGUAAAAGUGUGAUUACAUGUAAAAGUAAAGUAUUAUGAUUUGUUCUGUUUAAAAAAAAAAAAAAGGGGGAUGUCAUAAAUAUGUUGUGUAUCGAUUAUACAUUAAGAAUCGACCUAUCGAUAUAGUCCAGAGAUCGAUUAUCGAAAUAGACUAGAGAGGUUAGACAGAAAUAUGGUCGGCUAGAAGAAGGUUGUCUCAAUAAUGUUGUCAUGUUCAAGAAGAAAUUAAUAAAUGUUAUUGUGCUAAAAUGAAGUUUUAUUUAUAAUACAAAC